AUGCGAAAAGAAAAAAUAGAAACAGACUCCGAAAUAAUUCAGGACAUUGUGCACUUUCCAAUUAGUGAGCAAGCAACACCAAACCCCCUUCGCAACGAGCAACCAUAUCAAACUUUAUCACCAACCGCAAAUCACAUACCGAGACUGGACUUUUCCCAAAGCCAAGGGAAUAUUUUACAGCAAGAAACAGACUACACAUUGCCUCACCAUGCCCAAGAACCAAUCAGCAAUCCUCUUGCACUGCUGGCGGACGCAUCAGAUGCUGCACGGGCACUCGAGCCUCAUUCAAUAUCGGCCGACAACACACCACACUCUAUGGGCGAAACAUCAGGUCAAGGAGAUAAUCUCGUGGGUACAGGAAGUCUCGGUCGCUUACUGCGGCGACCAGGCUAUGUUUCGCUUGGGCUACAAUUGAGCAGAGACAGCAUGGAAAAUGCGUUAGAUGCUCUGCUCACACCCACACAUAACGUGGACAGAUACUCGAAUUAUUUCAAGAGACCUGUCCAAGAAUCUCUUCGAGAUAUCGGACCAGAUGUGGACCCUGUGGAUUUGGGGUUGGUUACUAUGGAGGAGGCCCACUAUCUAUUCCCCAUCUAUUUUACCCGCCUGCAUCCAAUCAACGGAAUACUGGAUCCUGUCCUCCAUACCGCCGAAUUUGUUCGCUCGCGAUCUUCGUUACUAUUUACAUGGGUCCUAGCCUUAACAGCGCAAUUUGAUCAUGCGUCUGCUUCAAUCGCCAAGAGACUACGCUUACAUGGGGAGAAACUAUCGAAGCAUGUCCACACAUGCGGCUUUAAAUCAGUUGAAAUCGUUCAGGGCUACUAUAUUUCACUACUAUCUGCCACUCCCGCUGAGACAUUAGCGAAGGAGCGCUCUUGGCUAUAUACAAUGCACGCCUUCGGUGUAGCUGCAGAGCUUGGGUUAGACCAAUACUCCGAUACAGGAGAGUCUCGGACAGGCCUACUUCUGUCUACAUACAACAUGGAACACAGUACAUCUAGGACCUCAGGUCCCACGGCUAACCAGAUUUCUCCCCAGUGUGAAAAUGACAGUUUAUAUGAUCAACGAUUGAUACGCAACCGGGAAAGAACAUGGUUUAGGAUACUUCUAUGGGAGCGAGCCAAUAGCGCUGCAUAUGGCCGGAUUCACAGUUUUCCGGAAACAACACUGACCAAAGGCAUCGAACGAUGGUGGGUGCACCCACUAGCCGAUCCUACAGAUAGACAUACAAGCGCAUUCAUCGCUCUGCGACGGAUCCUCGCCUCCCUCAACGGCGACCUCCGAGAUAAAGAGGACGCACAUCACACUGAUCCGCAUUGGGUACGAGAUCUCGUGGACAAUGCGCUCCAGCCUUGGUGCAGUACAUGGCUAGGGACGCCGGCUACCAGUGCAUCAUGUUCAACAGAGCAACUUUCAAACACGUUCCUUCGGUACGUCUACCUUCACGGUAGACUAUGGACUCUCUCAAUUGCGCUCCAUACUACCAAAGAAGACAACGGCAACAUGGCUGGGAUUCGUAACGAUUGUUUUGAAGCGGCCAUCAAUGCAUGCGAAGUGGCAGUACAUGAUCUGGAAACAAUAGGAGAGCCAUUGUACGGCAUGCUAGCACCGACUUGGGCUAUGAUCUCUUAUGCUGCUGUCCUGGCUUUGAAAUUAUUUCCCGCGAUAUACGGAUCCCGGCUUGGAAGUCAGCUUGAGCUAUUUGCUCUGCUGGGUCAGGUUGGCCUACAACUUGAGCGCGCUGGUCAAACACCAUCUCAUCGAUUUGGUAUUGCGGCCUUACUGGGUCAACAUAUUAUGAUGAUACUUCGGGCUAAGUCUGUGGCUUUGAGGGAAGAGUUGCAUAUUGAGUCAUCUUAUUCUCAAAACUGCAGUAAUGAGCAACAAAUAUCUCAGGAUAGGGCGACAAGCCGGUCAAAUGGCCCAUUUGUCUCUGAUUACGACCCCUUCCUCACAAAUGCUAGCUUAGCAGGUGAUGUUACUGAAGAUGGAUUUGCAGAUCUAUUUCGAGAAAUAUUUGGCCCGGGUUUUGGAGGCGUCUUUUGA